AAUUUGAAAUUGAAACCCAAGAAUUCGUAACAGAAACCAGAGCCAUUGAUGACCUUCUCUCCCUCUCUCUCUCUCUCUCUCUCUCUAAUGAUUUUUAUCUUUAUAAGUUGAAGAGAGUCUCUUCUCUUCCUUUCAAAAUUCAUAGCGCUUUCAAAAUCUUUUCUUUUUGAAUAGUAUUUCAUUCUCAAAGAGAGCUGUUUUGGAGCAAAGAUUAAAGCAUUAGACAGUUCUAUCUUUGCAAGAUCAUCAAUUUCUUCAAGGUUUCUUUCGUUGCUUAAUCCCAUUCUUCGUUCUUCUUUCUUUAUUUCCUCAAUUUCUAGUUAGCAUACGAAUUUUGGAUAGUCUUAGAAUCUGCCAUUUCUGAAUUUUGUUUACAAUACUAGAACUGUAAUUGGCCAGUGAAUUAGAAGUUGGAAAACAUAGAGUACUAUAUGCUAUCUAAAGUUUUGUUUGGUUGCAGGGAAAAUCGAGUGGUAAAAGGAAAGGAAGAGAAAGUAUUUUUAUUUUUGGCCUUUCCGAUAUAAGAAUUACGAUACUCCUGAACGUUUAGAUAGUUCUACAUUGUUUUAUUUGUUGAAUCUGUUGUUCUAUAAUAAAACCAGUCUUUUAGUUGUUCAUUUCAGAUUUCUGGUUGGAGAGAGGAAUCACUGAACGCCAUCAACCACAAUCUACUUGAUCUUACGAGUUUGUGGUGGGUAUUUAUAGAUCGCAGCAAAGAUGAAUGAUUUAAUGACUAGAUCAUUCCUCAAUUACGUGGAGCUCAAGAAAGAAGGCAUAAAAGAUCUGGAAUCCGAGCCAGACCUUGAGAUGGGCCAAUUAGAUACUGCUGAUGAACAGAACCUCUCAAAGUUCUUUGAAGAAGUAAAUGAAAUCAAGAUUGUCAUGGAAGAGAUCGCCAAUCUCCUCCAUGACCUUCAAGGACUAAAUGAAGACUCAAAAUCCACUCACAGUAUGAAAGUGCUGAAAGGAAUUAGGGACAGAAUAAACUCAGAUAUGGUCGCCAUUCUUCGAAAAGCCAAGAUUAUCAAGUCAAGAUUGGAAUCACUUGACAGGUCUAAUAUGGAUAAUCGCAACUUGUCAGUGGCUUACAAAGAAGGCAGCCCCAUUGAUCGAACUAGGGUUUCAGUGACUAAUGGCUUGAGAAUUAAUUUAAGAAAUAUGAUGCAUGAUUUUCAAUCGUUGAGAGCACAGAUUUUGAAAGAUCAUAAGGAGGGUUUCAAAAGGAGGUACUAUAAUGCGACUGGUGAGCAACUGAGUGACGAAAUGUUAGACAAAAUGGUUUUUGAAGGUGGGCAAGAGAAGGUUUUUGAAGGGAAAGCAGAUUUGGUGAUGGAGAAUCAAGAGAGGCAUGAAGCUUUGAAGGAGAUACAGAGAAGCUUGACUGAGUUGCAUCAACUGUUUCUUGAUAUGGCUGUUUUGGUAGAGAAACAAGGUGAUGAGAUUAACAAUAUUGAAGAGAAUGUAGCUUGUGCUGGGACUUAUAUCAAUGGUGGGACUAAUGGGCUAUACUAUGCUAAGCAAAUGAAGAAGAAUAGAAGAAAUUGGAGCUGUUGGAUUGGCUUACUUUUGCUGGUUCUAUUGGUAAUUCUUGUUUCCACCCUAGCCUCUUGAAGAAUUUGCGUGGAGGAGAUUAGUUUUUAUGAUUAUACACCAACAGCAGAGAAUUUCUCAUGAAAGAUGAAAUUUUAUACUGGUUGAUGAAUUCCAGUUUUUUCAUUUUCAUUCUGAGGAUUAAUGUGUUUGAUGAAAUCUCUAUAUCGUAUUCAAAUUCUGCAACAUGCUGGAAAUUAGUG